AUGAGGGCAGCACUCAGACUCCUCGCCUCCGUCCAGCGGAGCACCCAAUUCCUCGAGACUGGUGCUCCCACCGGCCUGACAGGUCUUCUCACACACUCCAGCCCGCGAACCACACUCCUCUUCCUCUACCACGACACUCUCGACAGGUUAAAAGCGCUUCCAGAACAUAGCUUAUAUCGACAAUCUACAGAAGCGCUGACGAAACACCGCCUAAAGAUUCUAGAAGAGACCAAGCCACAAGGCCUGGAAGAAUGGCAGAAGCGUGUGGCAUCGGUUGCGGAAGGCAACACGGACGCCUUCAAGAAGUUUCCAACCUUGUCAGGAGAUGGCUACAACAUCGGCCCAGCGCAACCAGAAGGUCUAAGGUCAGCAGAGGAGAGGGCAAACCAACAUAUUGCGCUUUCAGCCGACCCGAUCACGGAUCGCGCAAAUGUGCCGAGAAUAGAGGGUGAGCCGUCACUUACGGCAGCGCAGAUCAACGAGAUUGAGGCGAAGAUCGGUGCGGGAUUGAUUGAGGAGGUCAUCCAGGUUGCUGAGGGCGAGCAUGAACUUGUCAGGACACUGGCAGAGGCGCAAGUUUGGGAGGACCUUGAGGAAAAGCCACAGCCAGGCCAGUGGAAGUACCAUGAACGGGACACCCAUACUGGCAAGACCCAGGCACCAUAA